AUGCCACCUAUCGAAGUGUCAAAAGGUAAAGCAACCAAUGUUCUCCGUCUUCCCGUCAUCAUAAUGGUGCUCGCUUCGCUUCUCACAUCUCGAGGCUUGGGGUCGUUUACCAAAUCACAAAGAUCGGGAAGGAAAACUAUUCAUACAAUGACGCUCAUUUCCCUUUCAAACCCUAAUGAGAAUCCGGUAGCGAUGUUCCGUCGCACGUGGAGUACCAAUUGUGCCUCCUCCAUUCGCAAAUUUCUCGGUACACAACAGCCUUACGACAAGUACCACCCCAACUUGGUCGCGGAGAUGACUUCACAAACUGUGGUCGCAGAAGCAGAUACCCAGGUCAUAACCACUUCCGGCACGAAUAUUCUGGGCCAUUUACAAUCUAUAUCACGGGGCGGGGAAAUUGUUCUUAUUGAUUCCUUCUUGUCGAGAGGGUACAACUACGUCGCCAACCAUGAUAUCCGAGGAAGAGACGACACCCGCAGCAAUAGAGUAGCUUCAUCGCUGGGAAAGUGCGGAAGUUCUGCACGCAGAUCAUCCGAAGCCUGUAUAUGUAUUCUGCUGAAGAAGGCGACGAGUACUCCCUUAUUCGAUGCACAGGAAAAGCCAACCAAGAAGGCUCGACUACUGAACAAAUCCCUCGCUGACUCGUACUUUGUCGCGGCUCCUCCGCCAGAAUCGAUCGCCAAUCCACCCCCUCCUAACGGUGCCUGGGUUCUACAAUCUCUUGUUGUAGCACUCGAAAUGCUCCCCGCAGGCAUGAGGAGUGCCCCCGCGUCGUUUCUAUACAAUCGCGUCGAAGUUCGUACCUAA